AUGGCUACUAGUGCGGACAAUCUGGCGACAGUGACAACAGAGCCAGUGUAUCAAGAGCAAUCAAGUGAUGACUCGUCGACCCUUUGCUGUGAUGAUGAGCCCAGUACAGCGGGAGAGAAAAGAAGAGCGACAGGGCGGCAUGAAACUAGCACCCAACGUGUGCGGGCUGUCCGGAUAACAACGCGGAUAUAUCCGGACAUUCUGAUACCGUAUCUCUAUGACGAGCGCAGUGGUCGUAGUAUUAAUGCUAUAGUAAACACUACAGGCUGCACAAUUGACUAUUGUGCUCUAUCACCGGAUGAAUUUGAACAGUCGCCCACGUCGCGUGGCUAUGUGAUGAGCUUUUUACCCGAGGAAGUAGCCGACACGAGAGAAGCCAUGAACGGGACGAGUGCAGAGAGUGGAGGAAUGACAUGGAAAGAGAAGCAGGAGUAA